AUGGUUUUUGAAGAUAUUGAGUCUACGCUUGAGGUAGGGACCGGUUCUUCGAGCAGAUUUGGAGGAUUGACCGAAAGAUGGCAAAGGUUAAGGAAAGAAAUAGUCAGAUACAGACUCCAUGUAUACCUUCCCAUUGCAAUUAUUAGUAUAGUGCUCUUCAGUCUAAUUACAAUCUUUAUUGUUCGUGUCGAGCCUAACUUGGGUGUCGGUGUUGCGGAAGGCACGCAGUUCAAUGCAGAUAACGUCAGAUUGCUUGGUCUGGGAGAACAGGGCGGAAUUGAUUUGCAGGUAAGUGGUAUAAACAGCAACAAUUUUACAAAUAUCGACGACUUUUGGAUCAGGCAGUACUUCAAAAAAGGUGGGUUUGUAAUCAGGGGAUUGAACUUGAAAAUUGAUGAGUUAGAUCUGAUUGUUUACGAUGCAUCUAAAGGUGAGGAUUUGAAGCUCGGCAAGAUUGAGAUCCAGCCUUUUUACGUGAAGAUUGUUGAUGGCGCAAAUACUGCUUUGGAUUUAUUUGUGACUCUUUGGCCUAAUGCGAAAGGAACACGAGGUCUGUUGAGGAAGAUUUUGCUAGAUUCCGGUGCUAAACUUAGACUGAGAGGGGAUGCCAAUGUUAAAGUUUAUGUGCUAAACGGUUUCCUGCCGGUAAGUAGCAUUAGCAUUCCGUUGGACGUGGAGAUUCGAUGA